AUGGCUUCAUUAAAUCACUCUACAGUAGUCAUGUUUAUCUUUGAGAGAUUAACAGACCAGCCAGAGCUCCAACUCUUCCUCUUUAUCUUGUUCCUGGGCAUCUAUGUUGUCACUGUGGUGGGAAACUUAGGCAUGAUUAUAUUAAUUGCUGUUGGCCCUCAGCUAAAAUCACCAAUGUACUAUUUCCUCAGCAACUUGUCCUUUGUGGAUCUCUGCUAUUCCUCUGCCAUUGCUCCCAAACUCCUGGAGAAUUUCAUAGGGGGUAAAAACAUUAUAUCCUACCUUGGGUGUAUGAUACAACUUUUUUUCUUCUGUUUUUUUAUUGUCUCUGAAUGCUACAUGCUGACAGUAAUGGCCUAUGACCGUUAUGUAGCCAUCUGUAGUCCUUUGCUCUAUAAUGUCAUCAUGUCUCCACGAGUUUGCUCCUUUUUGGUGACAGGGGCAUAUACUAUGGGUACCUUUACCACUCUGGUUAACAUAACUUGUAUGGUCAGGUUGUCCUUUUGUGGUCCUAAUGUCAUUAAACAUUAUUUCUGUGAUAUCAUCCCCCUUCUGAAGCUCUCCUGUUCUAGCACCUAUCUCAAUGAGCUUCUAUUGAUGAUUAUUGGUACAUUCAAUGUAUUUUUAACCACUACUGCCAUCUUCAUCUCUUAUGCUUUCAUUGUCACUAGCAUCCUUCGCAUCCAGUCUGCUGAAGGAAGGGCUAAAGCCUUCAGUACCUGCAGCUCUCACCUUGCAGCUGUUGCUAUCUUUUAUGGCACCAUUAUUUUCAUGUAUCUUAAGCCACCACCAAGCAGUAGCAUGAAUCAGGAGACAGUAGCCUCCAUAUUUUAUACCACAGUUAUCCCCAUGCUGAAUCCCCUAAUCUACAGCCUGAGGAAUAAGGAUGUCAAGGAUGUAGUAAGAAAAAUCAUGAAGGGCACAAUGUUUUCCAGGUCUAGAUAG